GCGCCCCGUCGGCUCCUUUCGGUUGCCCUUAAGCCCUCCGGCCUCCCGGUCCUGUUUGGCAUUUGCCUCUCACCCAGACCUCUCCUGGCCUCGGGCCUCCCACGCGUUCAUCCUCCCUCCUUUUCCUGACUUCCAGCCUCUUGUCACCUGCUCGCCCUUUUACGGUGUCUGCGCUUCUGUGGACUUCCACCCAUUUUGGCCUCCACUUUUUAGUUUGGCCCCACCCUUUUUCACCAGCUUGAAAGCGGAGACCGAAAAAGGAUGGGAAGGUGUAAAACAGGUGGAAAGGCAAUCAAUGAAGUGGAGCCAAAAAAAUGGAACGGAGGACGAGAAAAAGUGGGAGUCCUUCCCUCCCUUUUCCCCUUCCUUUCUCUUUUCCCCUUCUCGCAAGCCUUCCUCUUCCCCUUCCCAUUUCCCUUUUUCUCUCCAUCCCCUUCCAGGCCGAGGCUUUGCCAUCUGAGCACACCCAAAGGCGUUGCUGCUGUGUUUGUUUCCGGGGGAAGCGUGAAGCCCUGUGGGGACGAAGCCUGGUUAAGCUGAAAAAAAUGCAGCUAUUUUUCCUGCGGUCAGAGUUAUUUUUAACACCACAGAGAGAAUGUGACCAGAAUAUGGCACAUGCAGGGACGUUCCUGAAGUGAGAUGCCAGCCUAAGGAGACCCAGGGAGGACUGCGAGGGGCAGAGGUGACCAUGGCAGAGCAGAGCAGCCACAUCCAGCAGCAGCAACAGGAGAUGGAGUCCUCUCUGUCCCAGGGCCAGAGAGAAGCAGUAGUGCUGGAGCCACAGUAUGGAGGGGCACAGACACGCCAGGACUCACAGCAGCAGGACACACGAGCCUUCCUACAGAUGCUGCAGGUGGACUUGGACAUCUGCAGGGACCUGAACAACAUACGGCUGGCCCAGCUGCAUCUGCAGCAGCAUGUGGUGGAGCAGAAGUACCAGGACUUGAUCUCUCAGAAGCAUCAUUACUGGGCAAUAAUGGAGCAGGACCAGAAGGACACAGCUCAGAUAGAGGCCACUUCUGCAGAUUCCUGUAGUAGUUCCAGUGCAAGUGAUGAUCUCCUGGAGAAGUACACAGAGCAACUCGAGCAGGUCUGUGCCUCAGGCACAGUGCCAGCGUGCGGACUGCCAGGAGCUGGCAGGCAAUGCCCCAACACCGUGCUGCUCCCACAGGUGGCCAUGCAGGCAGGCACAGAGCACUGCAGACAGAGGUGGGAAGCCCAGGAGCAUCAGUGCUGGGCACGGGACACAACAUCAACAGGGCACAGUACUGCUAAGGAAGGUAGGAGGGCAUGGAGAGAGACAUCUAUAUUAAUGAGGCCAGGACAAGUGAGGCCUGCAGCCUGCUGCUCUGGCAGCUUCAGCACGGAGCCCAGGGCAGCCAUGCUCAUAUACUAUAGCAGCACUCUGCAUAUCCUGGUGCAGUGUAGGGGAAAGGGUAAGAAGGGUCUAUGUGCAUUUGAGGCAUCACUGGUUGCACUUACAGGGCAGUGUUACCCCAGGCAGUUCUGGAGUGGUGAGCAGGUAGCACAUGGCCCAUGGCACACAGGGCCGUGAGCACUGCAGGAAGCAGCCCAGGAGCUCUGAGGAUAUUCAGUGUCCUUGAUCUGCGCUGCUGAGUUGAGUCCUGCUCCUCUUCUCUCAGAAGCUCAGGGCAGAAGGAGGCAGUGCCAGCAAGCAACCCUGUCUCAAGCAGCCCAGGUCCCAGCACAGUCACUGGCAGCCCAAAGCCACCUACAGCACAAGGAGGAACAGCUGCAGACGAGUGCAGGGAGCACCAUGCAGUGCACAGAGGAACAGCCAUGCUCUUGUGCAAGGAGUAGCAUGCAGCACACAGCUGACAGCAGCAUAGUGGAGCUGCAAGCACCGCAGGAGGUAGCAGAAAGCAGUUGUGGCUGUGCUUGCAGGGAGAUGGCAGUGUGGCUCCAGAUGGAGCUGAGCCGGUGGCAGCAGAAGCAGCAGGUAACUCUGGAGCAGUCACUGCAACACAUGCAUGCUGCUGCCCAUGCCAAACAGGAACUACAGAAGAGCCAAGAACAACUCCAAGCCCUGAAGAAGCAGCUGAAGGCUCAGAAGGAGCAGAACCGGACCCUGCAGCAGAGCCUGGAAAAGCAGCAAGAGGUGCUGACAGCCACCAAGGCCAGGGAGAUGCAAAGCUUGCAGCAGCUCAGUAGACACAAACAGACAAUCCACGACCUACAGCAGAAAGCAGCCUCGAGCAGAAAGAAGAUGGCAGAGCUGCUAGAGCAGGUGAUGGCAGGAACAGGGCAACCACACGAUGCAGCCGGCUGCCAUGCAGCUCCCUCUGCCUCAGCUGCAGGACAGAGCCCUGAGCGCUGGCCCGGGGUGCAGCUCCAUCUUCCUGUCUGGCCACUCCCAGACCCGCCCUUUUUCAUGCAGGUGGAGGAAGUGGCAUCCCUGAAGGCAGAGCUGGCCCAAGCCCAGAGAAAGAUAGACCACAAUCUUCCACUCCUUGGUCGUUAUGAGGAAGAGAGGCAACAGCUCCACAGGGAACUCAAGAAGCAACAGAGGGCCCAGGCGCAGAGCCAGCAGGAGGCCCGCUCCUUCCAGGAGCAGCUGCAAAAGCUGAGCAGCCAAGUUCAGUACUGGCAGGAGUUGCACCAGGACACUCAGCAAACUCUGGCUAGACGGGAAGAUGAACUGUCUGUCUGCAACGCAGAGAUGGAUUUCAAGGAAGAAUUCAUCAAGGCCAUGAGACAGGCUCAGGCCAAGAACAGAUGGAACUACGGCCCAAGGGCAGGAGGAUUGCAACCUGAGCCCCAGGCACUGCUGAAGGACAGAUCCUGGCCUACAGGCAGGGCAGAGGUGGAAAGGCCAGGCCACGAGUGGGCUGACUGCAGAGACAACACCAAGGGAGGAGGCGGUGGCAGUGGGCAGUCAAAUGAGAAACAACACCACAAGAUCCAGCAGCAAGUCAAACAGACUGCAGAGUUCACAGGCGAAAACCAACAUCUUCAAGACACACCAGACAGCUUGCAUGUGGAAAACACAUACUUCACGGCUAGAACACACGUACAGUACCACAAUCAUGAGCAGAUGAAGGCUCUACAGGGCAACGACCUGACUGCACGAGCCCUGCAGAACUUGGCAGGGCUGUCUCUGCCUGGAACUCACCUCCAGGAUGAGAAGUGACACAAA